AUGUCGUUCUCCUCGGUGCUUCAUCUCGUUCCAGUACGCUACAUCAUUACCAUCAUGAUCUUUCUCGGCAUGCUGUUCAACUACAUGGUCCGCGUCAACAUCAACCUGGCUAUCGUCGCAAUGGUCAACCACACCGCUCUUCCGCACACGAACUUAUCAAGGUCGGACGAAUGUGGGGGAAAUGGAAGUGUGACUCCUCUACAACCACAAGAAGAUGGAAAGUUUGUAUGGGAUGAGCGUAUGCAAGGCCACAUCCUCGGAGCGUUUUAUUACGGGUACGUCGUGACGCAAUUGGCUGGAGGGAGGAUGGCAGAGGUUUUCAGCGGGAAACAUACCUUUGGCGUGGCGAUGUUUAUCUCGGCUCUGCUGACUUUGUUGACUCCCGUGGCCGCGGAGACGGAUUGGAGGUUUUUGGUGGCUGUCCGAGUGGUCAUGGGACUGGUACUAGGGGUGACCUUCCCAGCAUCAUAUGUUCUUCUUAGUUCGUGGGUGCCCAUUGGACAGAUGAACUUGCUGGUGAUGCUGGCUCAGGGAGGUGGCGACUUGGGCACUACGUUCACGCUGCCGAUGACAUCAGCCAUCAUUGAAGGACUUGGAUGGGAGGCAGUUUUCUACAUCCAAGCGGGUUUCGUGGUGGUUUGGUUUGCCUGUUGGAUGGUUUUAGUCAGCGACAGCCCUGAAAACCACUGGUUUAUUACUGAUGAAGAACGCCAGCUUAUCGUAGCCGGUGUUGGACCUCGCAUCAGUGAAGUACGUCAUCAUUCCCUACCAUGGCGUGGGAUCCUCACGAGCAUCCCCGUGUGGGCAUACUUCGUAGGGUACUUCGGUGCCUGCUGGUGUUAUUACAGCCUUCUUACCGACCUACCACAAUACUUCAGCACCAUGUUGGGUGAGGAUCUUUCCUCCAACGCCCUUUUCAACUCUCUUCCAUACUUGGGGCUAUGGCUGUUCACCAUCAGCUUCGGCUACGUCAGCGAUGAAGUGGUAUCUCGAGGCUGGGCUGGACCGUUGGCAAUCAGACGUACAGCUGCAGUGGUUUCUAUCCUUGGCCCCGCAGCUUUACUUACAGCGAUCGCGUUUUCUGGUUGUCAAACUUCCGUCGUUGAGGCUCUUCUAGUCGUGACUAUCAUUUUACAAGGCGCCGGGUACAACCUGGGGGUUCUUCCCCUAGACCUGGCACCCAACUAUGCGGGGACUCUUGCAGGACUUUCCAACACCCUAGGUGCCAUACCAGGGUUUCUUGGGCCUCUGGUUGUGGCCGCACUUACUGAAGGGAAUGAGACUCUUGCAAGAUGGAGAACAUGCUUCCUGAUAGCUGCAGGAUUGGCCGGAGGAUGCGGGCUGUUUCUGCUAGUGGGUUGUAGUGUAGAGGAACAGCCUUGGAACAGAAUGGGCGAGGAGAGUUCGGAAAAUGACGUCGGCAGGAGGAUCGAAAGCUUUCCCUGAAGUCAAUGGCGGGAAAGAAAACCUUGGACAGUGAACCGGGGAGAAGCAAUCCAUCGUUUGAGGAAAAUGUUAUUUGAAGGGGAAGUGUUCAUUGUUUUAGAAGAUGAUCUGACGCUGUUGAUUGAAGUUAUAUACUAUACACUGUGCACUGUUGCAUGCAAUGGCAAUGCUUUUAAUUAG